CUCACAAGUCCGCCCCACGCCGGGCGGGGCCUGGCCGGACUGCUCUAACUGCCCGGCGAGCCCAGGGCCCCAGGGGUGGCCAGCACAGGGCUGGGGCUGGAUGGCUACCUGGAGACGGGAUGGCCGGUUAACCGGCAGCCAGCGGCUCCUGUGUGCUGGGCUGGCGGGGGCGUUCAGCCUCAGCCUCACCGCGCCCCUGGAGCUCGCCACCGUGCUGGCCCAAGUCGGCAAGGUGCAAAGCCACUCCCAGGGACUGUGGGCCACCGGACGCCGCGUGUGGCUGUCCGAGGGGCCAAGGGCCCUGUGGAAAGGGAAUGGCGUGGCGUGCCUGCGCCUCUUCCCCUGCAGCGUGGAAAGUCUGUUCCUUAUUAGUGUCAAGCGGAUGGACAGAUUGCAUUCCUGCACAGCAACUGCCAGGAGCUUUUGUUCAUUUACAGCCCCGGGCAAGUUAGAUUAUUCAGAUAAAAGGUUCGUUGUGCUAUUCAUGGAUGACCUGGGUCGUAUUUCCCAGUGGAGCUCCAUUGUGGCUGGAAGUCUCGCAGGCAUGGUUUCCACGAUUGUCACAUACCCUACAGACCUCAUCAAAACCCGACUGAUUGUGCAGAACAUGCUGGAACCAUCUUACAGGGGGCUAAUCCAUGCUUUUUCUACUAUUUAUCAACAAGAAGGGUUCCUGGCUCUUUAUCGAGGGGUAUCCCUCACUGUUUUAGGUGCCGUUCCCUUCUCUGCUGGCUCCCUUCUAGUUUACAUGAACCUGGAAAGAAUCUGGAAUGGACCCCGGGACCGCUUUUCUCCCCUGCAGACCUUUGCCAAUGUCUGUGUGGCUGCCGCAGUGAGCCAGAGUCUCUCCUUUCCCUUUGACACAGUGAAGAGAAAGAUGCAGGCUCAAAGUCCUUACCUUCCCCACUGUGGAGGAGUAGAUGUCCACUUCUCAGGAGCAGCUGACUGCUUCCGGCAGAUAGUGAAAACCCAAGGGGUCCUGGGGCUCUGGAAUGGACUGACGGCUAACUUACUAAAGGUAGUUCCAUAUUUUGGAGUUAUGUUUAGCAUGUUUGAGUUCUGUAAGAGAAUUUUUCUUUAUCAAAAUGGUUACACCCUGUCCCCACUAACCUAUAAACUGACCCCAGGAGUGGACCAAAGUCUGAAACCCCAGGAGUUACGGGAGUUAAAGAAGUUCUUCAAACCCAGAAAACUGCACUCCAAAAAACCAACUCUGUAAAGCUGAAUGGAAUUACACGGGCUGAAGCGCAGCAAUCACAGAUGAAUAUGACCUCUUAACUGUGCACAUCCGGAGGAGGGAGAGGAAAUGGAAGCACUGGACCGUAUAUCACCUCAGAACCCCAAACUUUCCCUGGGAAUAGUUGUGCUUUGAAAAGCUUCUCUGACACUACCCCAUCACAAUAGCAUCCCAGCAGACUAGAAGAACGCCUAGAGGUAACCAAACGUGCAAUAUACCCUCUGAGGAGAAACACCGUGCAAAGAAGCACGGCUACAACACUUCAAAGCAUCCUGGCUGAGGUGGUGGAACAGAGACCAUGGCACAAGCCUAGUCACAGGAGUCCCGGUGGAGUAGGCCACUGUCUUUGACUUAUGGCUUCCUCCAUACAGACUUCUUAAACUCGUACCUUCGCUGGCUUCUGAGAGCGCAAACCACCAUGUAGGUUAGGACUUAGCAAAAUUUCCAAAUGAAAACUUUGCUUGUUUUUUCAAAUGAUCUUGUUACAAAGUCCAGGCUGCCAUCAGAGUCGUGAUGCUCUGGCUUGGACUCCCAAGGUGGCUGGAUUGAUUACAAGUUGCAUUCUGCCAUACUAGAACCCUAGAACCCUCAUUCUCUCUUGAGAAACCUCCCGAGCUUUGAUUUCAAGAAAGCACUUUUCUCCAGGAUUUCUACCUCCAACCCACCACCUUCACCCCCGAAUCAAGGUUUCUCUGUGUUGUCUUGGCUGUCCUGGAACUCACUCUGUAGAUCAGGUUGCCGGUCUCUGCCUCCCAAGAGCUGGAAUGAAAGGUAUGCACUACCACUGCCUGGCACCCAUGACUUCUUCAUGAUACACUGAAAUUCCUGACUAAAGCCAUGUACAGUUUCAAUGGCUUUAAUUAUCAAAGCCUUUUUAACUUGCUCUGUAAGCCUACCCUGAAAAUAAAUUAUUUCAUCAUUUUCCAUUAUUCUCACAAGAUGUCCUACUUGCCUAGAAAAUAUCAGAAGAUAGGACACACAGACUCCCCCCAAAUAUCCAUGAAAUUAAAAUCCUUUAGGCUAAUCA